ACCCAUCAUUAUUGUUCAUUCUCCUUCUCCAUUAAACACUCUCUCUCUCUCUUUCUUUUCAAGAAACCCACAGUGUCAUGGCUUCAGUCUUAAACCCUAGCUAGCUUAAAUAAUCCAAGAAACUAAUUUUAAUCAUAUUCUUGAUUUUUCCAUGAUCAGAAUCACCAGCUAUAUGUGAUCAUCAAAUCCAUGAUUUUUUUUUUGAAUUCUUGAUUUGUUUAUAUCUUGAUCUUCUUUCAAGAAUCAAGAUCACCUCAUCAUAUUAUUUCUUGAUCUUCUUUCAAGAAAUGGAUUCACUUCAAGAAUUUAACUCCACAGCAUCAACGCUUCCGCUAGCUACCACCGCCACUAGUACCGUCACAAUCGCCGCCACCUCCUCCUCAUCUUCCACUCUCAGCCGCUACGAGAACCAAAAGCGGCGAGACUGGAACACCUUCGGACAGUACCUUCGAAACCACAGGCCACCGCUCUCACUGUCAAGAUGCAGCGGAGCUCAUGUUCUUGAGUUCUUGCGUUACUUAGACCAGUUCGGAAAAACUAAAGUUCAUGCCCAAUUAUGCCCUUUCUUCGGCCAUCCAAACCCACCAGCUCCAUGCCCUUGCCCCCUCCGUCAAGCUUGGGGUAGUCUCGACGCUCUCAUCGGAAGACUCCGAGCAGCCUUCGAAGAACAUGGUGGCAAACCAGAGAAUAACCCGUUUGGAGCUCGUGCUGUUAGGCUUUAUCUACGUGAAGUUAGAGAUUCACAAGCUAAAGCUAGAGGGAUUAGCUAUGAGAAGAAGAAAAGAAAGAGACCACCACCGCAGCACCACCUGAUGGGGCCACCGCAGCCGUCGCCACAAACAGCGGAAGCAUCCACGGGUUCAAGUAAUCAUGAUCAGUAAGCAGGCUAUGACUAUACCCAUUUUUAUUUAAAGAAUGAGGGUAAAAAAUUAAAUUAAACUCAUUAGAACUUAUGAUCCUUUUAUAACUUUACCCUGCACGCCAUGUAGUUAAUUUUAUCAUCCAUUGUUGCAUUAUAUGUUUGUUGGAUUUAAAGAUGUUUUAAAAUGAUCAAUGGAAUGAUUUAUUAUUA